AUGGAAGGUGGUACAAAGAGAGCCCCGUCUAGCGAACGAAUCAAGGAUAUGGCCGAUUCAACCAGGUGCGCAGAUGUAGCGGCUGGAAGUACUUCGCGAGACAAUGUCGACUGCCACUCGAAACGAACGAAUCGACAAUUACAGCCCAACGGACAAUCCGCAUCUAGCCAAAAAGAAAUCCACCGAACACCACAACUGUGGUGUCCGACAUUAACGUCGGAGCUGUCGAUCAACGUAUCUCGCGCUAUGAUCGGUCAAACCAGUCAGUACGGCACACGGAAGAAGGGGAAACGUACGGGCCAUGUGUGA